AUGGCAAUAAAACAAACUGAUCAUCAUCAACAGACACAACAACAAACAAAAUCAUUCUUGUUAGAUGCUCUUUACUGUGAGGAAGAACAAUGGGAGGGGGAGGAGGAGGAGGAGGAGAAGGAGGAGGAAGGACAAGAGGCUUUAGAGAGAGAAAGCAACAUGAACAAGAACAACAAUAAUGGAAGGAAUUCUUCUCUCUUAUUAGAGCAAGAUCUGUUUUGGGAAGAUGAAGAGCUUCUCUCUCUCUUCUCUAAAGAAGAGCAAACCCAUCUCGGUUGGUUUGACAAUGUUGAGACAGAUUCUUCUCUUCUCUUGGCUAGGAAAGAGGCUGUGGAGUGGAUUCUAAAAGUCGAUGCUCACUAUGGAUUCUCAACUUUGACAGCCAUACUUGCAAUCAAUUACAUUGAUAGGUUUCUCUUUAGCCUUCAUUUUCAGAAGGAUAAGCCAUGGAUGAUUCAACUUUCAGCCGUGACUUGUCUUUCUUUGGCUGCUAAGGUUGAAGAAACCCAAGUGCCCCACCUCCUAGAUCUUCAAGUAGAGGGAACAACAGAGUAUGCGUUUGAGCCCAAAACAAUACAACAAAUGGAGCUUCUGGUCCUCUCCACUCUUCAAUGGAGGAUGAACCCAGUGACCCCACUUUCGUUUCUUGAUCACAUCACAAGAAGGCUUGGAUUGAAGAUCCAUCUCCAUUGGGAAUUCCUCAGGCGGUGUGAGAGUCUUCUUCUCUUUCUCAUGGCCGAUUGGAGAUUCGUACGUUAUCUACCUUCUGUCUUGGCAACUGCAACAAUGCUUCACGUUAUUCAUAAAGUUGAGCCUCGUGAUGCAAUUGACUACCAAAAUCAGCUUCUUGGUGUUCUGAAAAUCAGCAAGGAGAAAGUAGAUGAUUGCUAUAAACUCAUUCUAGGGCUGUCAAACACUUGUUUCUAUGACCAAAAAAACCCUCACAAGCGCAAGCAUCAAGAAAUUCCAGGUACCCCAAGUGGUGUAUUUGAUGUAUCUUUCAGCUCUGAUAGCUCAAAUGAUUCGUGGGCUGUGGGAUCACCAGUUUGUUCAUCACCUCAGCCGCUGUUCAAGAAGAGAAGAGUUCAAGAACAGCAAAUGAGAUUGCCAUCUCUCAGCAGGGUGUUUGUGGAUGUUGUCGGCAGGCCCCGUUGA